AUGGAAUAUGAUUUGACGAAUAUCAAAACAAAGAAUGGGACUGGACCUCGCAUUAUCCCAAGACAGUCAAGACUGUUUGCUGCGAGUUUUGAGGAUUUGCACGAUUUUGUGAGACCACCUAUUCCUUGUAUUAAAGAGGAACUUAAGAAGGCACAAAACUUGACACUCAACUUAGAGAUAGUAGAUAACAUAAAUCAAAAAGGAAAUGAACAUAUUAUGAGUGAAGAGGCAAAGAACCAAAAUGAAAGACAGAACGCCAGUAUCACUAAGGCCGAAAUGAUAAGUCCAAAAAGCCCACGUAGCCCUCGCGGUGCAGUAUUACCACAAAUCGACGCUUCAAAAAUCACUAAAAACGAUUUACCAAUACUCCAAGCAAAAAAACACAAAAAAGCGGUCAGGUCUUCACAAAUUUUGACAGACAAAUUCUUCUCAAAUAAUUCACAAAGCAACCCAAAUAAAUAA